AUGAGUGAUCAGGAGGUCACUUACUCAACUGUGAGAUUUCCUAAGUCUUCAGGGUUGGAGAGCAAAGUGAGGCCUGAGGAGACUCACGGGCCCAGAGAAGCUGGCCGCAGAGUAUGUUCUGUGCCUUGGCACCUCAUUGUGAUAUCUUCUGGAAUACUCUGUUCCCUUCUGCUGGUAACUGUUGCAGUGUUGGUGACAAACAUUUUUCAGUGUCUUCAAGAAAAACAUGAACCACAGAAAACUUUGAACCGCCACCAUAACUGCAGCACCAUGCAACAUGACAUCGACUUAAAGGAAGAAAUGCUGAGAAAUAAAACUAUAGAGUGUAGACCAGGAAAUGAUCUUCUGGAAUCCCUCAGUAGAGAACAGAACAGAUGGUACACAGAAACCAAGAGAGUUUUAAAAUCCACACAGCACAUAGGCAGUGAAGUUGAAAUACACUGGUUCUGCUAUGGUAUAAAAUGUUAUUAUUUCAUCAAGGACAAAAAGACAUGGUUUGGAUGUAAACAGAUCUGCCAGAAUUACCGUUCAACGCUUCUGAAGAUAGACGAUGAGGAUGAACUGAAGUUCCUUCAGCUCCAGGUUAUUCCAGGCAAUUACUGGAUUGGAUUGAAAUAUGAUAAUAGAAAAAGGGAAUGGACAUGGAUUGACAAUGUCCCAUCUAAACUAACCUUGAACACAAUGAAAUACAAUGUAAAGAAUGGAGGAUGUUUGUUCUUAUCUAAAACAAAACUAGACAACAUUGACUGUGUUAAAUCAUUCAGCUGUAUUUGUGGGAAGAGAUUAGAUAAAUUCCCUGGUUUAUUCUCCAAUGAGUGUUAA